AGUCAGGGAUCCAGAACUUCAAGAUUGGAUAUUGUCAGUAUCCAGUAUCAGCUUCUACUGUCAUUCUCUCAUCCACUAAGAACAGGAAGAGGGGCCUUGGUGACCUGGACCGUGAUGAAGCAAGACAGAAGAUUGAAGCUAUCCUGAGGUCCAAUCCAAAGGGUGAAGAAAUCUUCAAAGAAUAUUACAAAAAGAAAACGCUGUCGGAUGCAACGCGUAGACAGAUGAUCAAUAUUUUGAUUGCAGAAAUGACUGAAUCCUAUGGGAGAAUUCCACCCACAAGUGUGCGGACCACCUAUGCACUAGGAAUUGUGACCCUUUUUCCAUAUCUGCAAGAUUCAUAUUCAAAAAAUGGAUAUGAACAUUACUAUGAUCCAGACGCCAAUACUGGCUACCUUGCUUGGAGACUCAAGACAGUCCAACGCAACAGCUUUGAUGGCUCCCACAGACGUUCCAGGCUUGAUUUGCAGGACAGCCCAACAACCUAUCGAGAAUCACUGUUAACCAGUCAGCAGCUCUUCGGUGAGGGGUGUCGGGAGGCGCUUUCUGUCAUCAGAUACUCUACAGAUCAUUCCGUGGUAAAAGAGAGAAUGAGAGCCACCUUUGAGUAUAGACAGAAGCUAGUUCAUAACCAGGAUGCAACAUCUACAGUCUUGGAUGUCUUCCCUCGUUUCCUUGAUGUUCCUGGAUUGAUUGACCAAGAUUUUUCCAUGAUGUUUGAGGAUGAAGUAUCUGGGAAAUUUCUGGCAAAGUGGCCCUCAUUUUUCAUGCAGACAGAAUGCCAGAGUCUUCCCUCAAAUAUGCAUGUUGAGGAUCUUCUUGCAGCUUUUGACUCUGAUGCCGAGAAUGACUUUGGUAAAUAA